CAAUGUUACGACCGGCAACAUUUACAUUUUGCUAUUUUUGCAUUUAAAAAAUUUGUCACAAUGGGCUUGGAAGGCAGUUUGAUGUGGCCAAUAUUUGCGGUGGCUACUUGUGUGAAGUUAAUGCUUGUUCCAGCAUAUCAUUCAACAGAUUUCGAGGUGCAUCGCAACUGGCUGGCCAUAACUCACUCGCUGCCUCUAAAAGAAUGGUAUUAUGAAUCCACUUGUGAAUGGACUUUGGAUUAUCCACCAUUUUUUGCCUAUUUUGAAUGGUUGUUAUCGCAGGUGGCAGCCUUUGUUGAUCCCAAAAUGUUGGAGGUCAACAAUCUUAAUUAUGCUUCAAUUGAAACCAAAUAUUUCCAACGUAUAUCAGUAAUGGUCAUGGAUCUAGUAUUGUUGUGGGGUGUUUGGCGUUGUUUGCGCUCACUGCAACGUAUGGGAGUGAAAGUUAAACGUACAUCGGCCGAAGUAUUUCUGUUGAUGAACAUUGGCCUCAUCUUUGUGGACCACAUACAUUUUCAAUACAAUGGUUUCCUCUAUGGCAUACUGCUGCUGAGCAUAAGCUAUCUGCUGGAAGAACGUUAUGUGAUGAGUGCAUUUUUCUUUGCCAGUUUGCUAAACUUUAAACACAUAUUCCUUUAUAUGGCCCCUGCCUUUGGGAUCUACCUGCUGAGAUUUUAUUGCUUGGAUGCUAGUAAAAAUCCAUUGUUUGCAUUGGUGAAACUGUUAGUAGCUGGCCUGAGUCCUUUUGUUUUAUCGUUUGGUCCAUUUUGGCAGCACUUGCCACAGGUUCUAAGUCGUUUGUUUCCAUUCAAACGAGGUCUUACACAUGCCUACUGGGCCCCUAACUUUUGGGCUUUGUACAACACUGUGGAUAAAGUAGCUGCUACUGUUUUGGGGAAACGUUCAGGACCAACAACUUCCUCGGGUUUGGUACAAGAAUUUGAUCAUGUGGUGCUGCCCUCAGUGCGUCCUUUGGCCACAUUUGUGCUUACAUUGAGUUUUAUGAUACCUAUUUUGGUGAAAAUCUGCCGCAGUUCAAGUAAAAGAGAUGGCAAAAUUGCAUUUAUACGAGCUGUGGUAAUUUGUUCGGCGUCCUCCUUUAUGUUCAGUUGGCAUGUUCACGAGAAAGCCAUACUAAUGUGUUUGAUACCACUCUGUUUCCUUUUCUUUGUGAGUGUCACCGAUGCCAAGUAUGCGUUUAUAUUAAGCGCCGUGGGUUACUUUUCCCUAUUCCCUUUACUGUUCCAUGUCGAUUUGUUGGUCAUACGCUACUCCCUCUACCUGGCCUACAUGGUAUUCAUGUAUACCGCCUUUGUGCGCUUUCACCGGCAACACCCAGACAUGAAUAUUUUGGAACAACUUUACAUAUACGGUCUGGUGCUGAUUCCAAUCUAUGAACAUGUCAUUGGCCCCCUUACGGGCCUAAAUGAGAAAUUGCCCUUUGUGCCUUUACUUUUGUAUUCCAGCUAUUGUGGAAUUGGAGUUUUAUAUUUCUUCAUACGUUAUUAUGUACAUGCAUUAGAACUAGGUUUGGACAAAACUAAAAGUACUACUCUUACUACUAGUACGACUAAGGCUAAGCAACAACAGACUAAGCUAAGUAAAGAUGUAACAUCUUCAUCAUCGAAAUCACCAAAGGCUGAAGAGCCGCCAAUCAGGACCAAGUCGAAGCAGCUAUCGAAGAAGCCGAAGGAGAAACUGAAAUAAAUGUUACCGUUGUGGUGUUAUUCCUUAA